AUGAAUGCAGACGCCAGGAAUCCAUCAUGCCUUCUCUACGGGCCCCUAGAUGCGCGAUUCGAGGAUCGCCCGAUGCCUGUUCUUGAUGAUCCGCAUGAUGUUAUUGUUCAGAUUGCUUAUACAGGCGUCUGUGGGAGUGAUGUCCACUUCUGGCUCCAUGGCGGCAUCCGAACUUACGUCUCGGAAGCCCAGCCCUUGACUAUGGGCCACGAAGCAUCAGGUAUAAUCCACAAAGUAGGCUCAGGAGUCGCUACUCUUGCUCCGGGCGACAGAGUCGCCAUCGAACCCGGAUACCCGUGUCGUCACUGUGCGCGCUGCAAAAUUGGUCGUUAUAACCUCUGUCCUGGGAUGAAGUUCGCCGCUGAUCCGCCAUUCACUCAUGGUACUCUUACGAAGUAUUUCAAGUUACCUGCGGAUUUCUGCUAUAAGAUUCCGGAUAAUAUAAAUCUGUCUGAUGCGGUGCUCAUGGAACCUUUGGCGGUAGCUAUCCAUGCGGUUAGACUGGCGGAUAUCAAGUUAGGAAACCGGGUGAUUGUUUUUGGGGCGGGGACUGUUGGACUGUUUUGCGCUGCUGUUGCGAGGGAGUUUGGGGCUUCGGUGGUUCUUUCGGUAGAUGUGUUGGAGAAUAGACUUCGGUUUGCGAGGGAGUUUAUUGGAUCGGUUGGACGAACUGCUAUGCCUGACCUGUCACUUAGUCCGGAGGAGAAUGCAGAACAAUUGGUACAAACCCAAGGGCUUGGUGAAGGGGCGGAUAUUGUCAUUGAUGCAUCUGGGGCAGAGGCUUCUGUGCAGACAGGGGUGUUUUCUUUACGGGUGGGCGGGACUUAUGUGCAGGCCGGGAUGGGAAAACGCAAGAUUGAAUUUCCGAUAUCGGAGAUGUGCGAGAGGGAGAUAGUAGCUAAAGGUUGUUUCCGAUAUGGAGCUGGAGACUUUGAUCUGGGGAUUCACCUUGUGGGUUCAGGGCGGAUACAGCUGGCGGAGUUGGUGACCAAGAUCUUCCCGUUUGAGCGUGCUACUGAAGCUUGGGAAACGGCUAAGCGUGGUGAGGGUACUAAGACCUUGAUUGAGGGGCCAAAGGUGUAGAUAGAAUGUAUUAAGGCCUGUGUUGGUGUUUGUAUGGCCUCAACGGCGGGAGGCUAAUGGUCUACAUUACUACUGUACGUGGUGAGCAC